CGCCCCUUUACGUUUCUUAGCCAUUUGUUCCGGUACCUUUAAGUGCACUUCGGCCACCGUAGGCAGGGUGCAAGAUGGCGGCCUCCGUCUUGUUGGGUGCGGUGAGAGCCGCCUCAGGAAUGUUACGUCCCCUGAAUGGUUUGGCAUCGUCAACCUUUCGGAACUGCGCCAAGAAUACCGGUCUUCAUCCUGCACUGGGCGGCAUUCAUUUCAGACAUACUCAGACAUCAGUUGUUUCCUCUGCUCCAAGACUUGUCACAUCUGUCAGACACCUGGCAUAUGGGCAUACUGCAACCAUCCUUAAUAGAGUAGCCGAAUUGCUUCCCAGUGUCCUGAAGCCGCCAGUCAGGACUCUGAUCUACUGCAGCUCACGGAAAGGCAAACGAAAGACAGUAAAAUCAGUUGUGCAUCGCUUCCUUCGACUCCAUUCUGGCCUGUGGCUAAGGAGAAAGGCUGGCUAUAAGAAGAAAUUAUGGAAAAAGUCAACUGCAAGAAAGAAACGCAUGAGGGAAUUUGUGUUUUGCAACAAGACCCAAAGUAAACUCCUAGAUAAGAUGACGACAUCUUUCUGGAAGAGGCGCAACUGGUAUGCUGGCGAUCCGUACCAGAUGUACCACGAUCGGACAAACCUGCGCGUAUAGUUCAGGCUCUCGUACCUUCCCAACUGUGGAAUGUGGGUCUUCGCGCACAUGCUGUCCUU